GCGCGAUGGCGGAGGGCGGGGGCGCGCCCGCCCCGGGCAGCGCAGGUCGCAACCUGAAGGAAUGGCUGCGGGAGCAGUUCUGCGACCACCCGCUGGAGCACUGCGAGGACACCCGGCUGCACGACGCGGCCUUCGUGGGGGACCUGCCCACCCUGCGCAGCCUGAGAUCGGACCCCCCCCCCCGCAGCCGGAUCAACGAGAAGUCGGUGUGGUGCUGCGGGUGGCUGCCCUGCACCCCGCUGCGCAUCGCCGCCACCGCCGGCCACGGCCCCUGCGUCGACUUCCUCCUGCGCAAGGGGGCCGAGAUCGACCUGGUGGACGUCAAGGGGCAGACUGCCCUCUACGUGGCCGUGGUCAACGGGCACCUGGAGUGUGCCAGGAUCCUGCUGGAGGCGGGCGCUGAUCCCAACGGCAGCCGGCACCACCGCAGCACCCCGGUGUACCACGCGGCGCGGGUGGGGCGCGCCGACAUCCUGCAGGAGCUCAUCAGGUACGGCGCGGACGUGGACGUGAACCACCAGCCGGCGAGCCGCGGGCCGGGCCAGGCGCUGCGGCCGCUGACCACGCUGGUGGUGUGUCCCCUGUACAUCAGCGCUGCCUACCACAACCUGCCCUGCUUCCGCCUGCUGCUGCAGGCCGGAGCCCACCCGGAUUUCAACUGCUGGGGGCCCGUCGACGUGCGGGGCUUCUCGCGGGGCUCGCCCGUCUGCGUGCUGGAGGCCGUGCUGCGGCACGGCUGCGAGCCCGCCUUCGUGCGCCUCCUCGUCGACUUCGGCGCCGAUCUCAACCUCGUCAAGGCGGAGGCCCUGGGGGCCGAGGCCGCGGGGAGGGUCAGGGUGAACGCCGAGGCGCUGGAGGUGUUCAAGGAAGCCAGGGGCCGCGCCCGGAGCCUCUUGUCUCUGUGCCGCAUAGCUGUGCGGAGAAUCCUUGGCAAAUCCCGCCUGCAUCUGAUCCGUAGCCUCCCAGUCCCCGACCCCAUUAAGCAGUUUUUACUCCACGAGCACAGCUAAAGGGCGGCUGGCUGCUUUUGGGGACAGUUUGACUUGGUAAAUGAGUGCCCUGACGGAGCCAAUCCUGCCCCUUGGCCCCUCAUGGAGUGCACAUCAUUCCCUGCUCCUGUGGGGUUUUUUUUCCCCCUCCGCAUUUAGGGUGCAGUGAUGCCGUGUGUGUCUUAUUUCCCUGGGGAGAGGCUGCUAAACGUGUGUGCUGGAGUAAAUACAAUAUAUCCUGUAGCUGUUGGCAAAUGUGUAACCUCUGUUACUGAUCUGUGUCACACACACACACCUGGGGUCUCUGUGCCAUUUCUCUGUGGGGCAAGUGUCCCUGCUUUACUGUUUUCCCCAUCACAGCACAAAAAACCAGAAGCUCCUACCUACAUUUUACUCCAUAUCCCAUGGUAAGACCGGAGAAAACCCACCCAGCUCCACGUAACAGGUCUGUUUUGUUUGCGUUGUGAAAAAGGGUUUUUUUUGAGGAGCUGGGAGAUUUUGUGCUUCUGAUCACAGCGUUGCAUCCAGCAGCCUGGGCCCCUUUGAUUUCCAGUGCCUCUUCAUGCCACGAACUCCCCGAAGUGUCAUUCUUCAGGGAGUCAGCAUCCUUUUGUUGGGAUCUCAGGGUCAGCCCAUGAAGUGGUCAGUGCAGAGGAAUUGUCAAAACAGCAACUUUAGAAAGACAGAGAUGAUGGUGCCUCAGGAGCUUGGCAAAAAUCUCAGGUGAUAAUUGAUACUUGCUUUAACUUUACUGAUUCAAGUAAACUCACUGUGUUAUGAGUUCAUUUUUUUUAGAAUUAUUUUUCUUCGCUAGCUGUUCUUCCCGUGCUCAUCCAGUUGGCAAAGGCAAUUUUCCAGAUGUGACCUUAAAGAUCAGAGAGUCCCAGUCUGGUUUGGGUUGGAGGGGACCUUAAAGCCCACCUAGGUCCAAGCCCCUGCCAUGGACAGGGACACCUUCCACUACCCCAGGUUGCUCCAAGCCCUAUCCCUGGACCCUAUGGACUUACCUCAACACUGGUUCCAAAAUGUUCUUUUCCCAGAGGCGUAAACAAAUGCAAAAGCAAAGAGGAUAUUUCCAGACCUUCUCCAGGUGAGAUGCAGUGGACGUGAAGCUGUGGCCAGGUGAGGAGGGGCAGUUUUGCACCGUUCCCUUCCCAGCCCUGCAGCUGGUUUUGGUUUUCCCGGCGCUGGCAGCGAGUCGUGCACUGGCUUUAUAGAGGUGUGAACAUGCCUGGGAGAUGCAAACAGGUUGUAAAGCCUCUUUGGCACCUUGCUGGGGGAUCCAUAAUGGUUUGCAGGAGUUCACCGUGCUCCUGAGCUCCAGUAUGGGGAGGCAGAAAAUGAGAUGGGCUGUCUGGAGAAAAUGCCAUGGGAACAGCUGUUCUCCUGAGGAUUUUUACUUGGUUUGUAAAUGGGACUCCCAGUUGGGGUGAAGAUGGCAGGAUGGAUGUGGGGAGAGCUGGAAGGAGCCCAAGGACCAUCCAGUCCAGCUCCUGGCCCUGCACAGACACCCCGACAAUCCCACUCUGUGCAUCCCUGCGAGCAGUGUUCUCCUGGAUGCUCCUGGAGCUCUGGUAACCCUGGGGCUGUAACCAUUCCCUGUUCCUGUGCUCACCCACCCUCUGGAUGGGGGUUCCACCUGGAAUGAGCUGCAGUGAAAUGCCUCCGUGGGAAUGCCAGAGGAUGGCCCAAGGAAGUUGAGAGAAUCAACUCAACUCAGUGCUUGAUGUAAGUCUGGUCUAUAAUUAAAGCUGAGCCUGUUACAGUGUUAAUUAGACACCCCAUCCAAAGGAUUCCCCUGAGCAUGGAUCUCUCCAGGCCAGUCUGAGGUUCAUCAGUGACUUGGAGACGGGCAGAAUCAAAGCUUUGGAGUGCCUGGAUCAUCUACCCAACUUCCAUCUUCACUGAGGGACUUUGCCUCUGGAAAAAGUCAAACCUUUGGCUUGAGGGCCUGGAAUGAGUCCAACUUGGGGACAAUCACAUAAAACUAAGCUGUAAGUGCACAGGAUUCUUUUGGAAUGAAGUCCCUGUGGAGAUUGGGUGCUGCUGAUUGGACAGCUUUGCUGAGCUGGUUUAAUACACAGAGAAUCUGGAAUUUUCACUGGAGAGAGAUAAUAAUCUUGAAAUAGAUUCAGGAUAUUCAUAGACUUCAUUGUCCUGUCCUGUAGGGCCAAACCCUACAUCCUCUGCCUUACCCUGUCCUUUUAAACCCAGGAUACAAUAGUUUUCCAGUAUGAAAUCUCAAUAAUUCGUGCAUUUCUAUCCUUUUGCUCUAUAGAAACAGCAUUUCUUUUUGCCUUAGCUUGGACUUCAU